AUUUCACAACUGAGACUUUAAUUAUUAUUGUGUGUGUGUUUAAUUGAUUAAAAACUAAAUAAAAUAAAAUUUUGGAGAUUGAAAUCUAAUCGUCGAAUAAGGAGAUUAGAUUCUGAUCGUACCAAUGUGGGUUUACUCAUGUCUGUGGUACUGUUGUGUGUUCAGUAUGGAUCAGAGCAUUGUAGUGAUUUAAUGAACUUAUUUUUGUCGUAUUAUGCUCUAUUUUUCUCUCUCCUCCUUCAUAUAUUGACCGUCGUUUUGUCUUUAAUCAAUUUACCUCAUCUUGACCUUAUGUUCGUGUCAAUAUGCGCUGAACAGAAUAUUUUCAUUUGUUUUUUAUAUUAGUUUCUACUGAACCGAUUCUGCAGCAUUGUUUGUACUAAUCUACCAGCUUUUUAAUCUACUGUGCACGAUCACACAAAAUCUCAUUGUUAUACUAAUAAUUAUUUUGAUAUUUUGUAAUAUUAAACUUUCUUCAAUAUCUAAGUUUGAUAUCUUAACCACGUAGUGAUAUCCAAGGCUAAGGUGAAACAAGGCGUAGUUUUAUUGAUGUUAUUCAAUUCUUGUCAAUAACUAAGUUGCUAUUGUUUAGGCAAAUGAAGAGAUAACCAUGUCGUAUGGCUGGCUAAUUACAAAACCCAAAGUCAGAGUAGUAGUAUAAUAUUGUCUCACUAUAGAUUAGACUUUGGCCAAAGUACAUUGUUAACAAAAAAAAAAAAUGAUAAUCUACCACAUGUGCGAGAUCACAAGCUUCAGAAAAAUCGGGCUAAAAUGAGCGUUAUUAAGAUUUGUAUUAGGCUUUGCGCAAGGAUAUAGAAAUCAGAGCCACUAAUUAGCUCAAUGGUAUCGACGACCUGCAGUGUGUAAUUCAGUCCAAAACGUAUUAUUGGGCUAUAUAGGGGCCGACUGAUAAUUAUCGAGGCCCAUUAAGAGCCCCAACAAAGAGUUUGAUUGGGCUUAAGGCGAAGCACUUCUCUCCGACAGUAAACUGCUAACGAGUUUGACGAUCAUCACAGAACCGCAGACCAAUCCUGUCGUCGCCAUGUCUCUCCGUAAAACCCUAACCGCAUUAAGCCGACCUCCGUCGCCAAUCUCCGCCGUCAAUCUCGAAGCUGCAGAGCCCUCUCGCUCUUCACAAAUCACUUUCCGACCCCGUAAACUCCGGAGAGUUUCGUUAGAUGAUCUGAAUCCGUCGCCGACGACGAUCACCGCGUCUCCUCUAUCCUCGAAGUCGACGGUUGAUAUCGCGCUCCGCCACCUCCUAAUCUCCGACGAGCUCCUCGGAGGAGUAAUCUCGGCUCACAACACUCCCCCCGUGUUCGAAUCAACCAGCACACCGUUCCUCUCCCUAGCGAGAUCCAUCCUCUACCAACAGCUCGCCACCAAGGCUGCGAAGUGCAUCUACGAUCGGUUCAUCUCUCUGUUCCCCGGCGGAGAAUCAGGUGUCCUCCCUGAGUCCGUCAUCUCAGUCUCCGCCGUGGAUCUUCGUAAGAUCGGCGUCUCCGGGAGGAAAGCGAGCUACCUCCACGACUUAGCCGGAAAAUACAAAAGCGGCGAGCUUUCCGAUGAGAUGAUUCUGGAAAUGAGCGAUGGAGAGCUGACCGACCGGUUAACUUCGGUUAAGGGGAUUGGAGUGUGGACGGUUCACAUGUUCAUGAUAUUCUCGCUUCACAGGCCUGAUGUGUUGCCUGUGGGGGAUCUCGGCGUGAGGAAAGGCGUGAAGGAUCUUUACGGUUUGAAAAAUCUUCCUGGUCCGUUGCAGAUGGAGCAGCUUUGUGAGAAGUGGAGGCCUUUCAGGUCCGUUGGUUCAUGGUACAUGUGGAGACUCAUCGAGUCUAACAAGACUUCUAAGACCAAGUUGUCUAAAUAAACUAGUCAGGGCACACUUCUUCUUGGUCGGUCAGGACAGCUAAUCUCUCACCUUGUGAUGAAGAAGCUAUUCCACGCCCAUCAACCACUUGUUGUUGCAUCUUCGCUUCUCUUCCAAGCUUCACUUGCUGGAAAAUCUUGAGUUUCGUUUUCCUGUCUUUGCGCAAUUUAGAGCACGUGAGAGGAAAAUGCAUUUGUACUUUUAACAGUGUGGUGGUUGUAACUUGUGUACUACCGUAGAAAUACAUUAUCAAAACUAGUUUCAUUUUGCUUGGGUUCAUUGUAACAACACUAUUGGACUUCGGCCAAUGUCUCCAGUGACCCAAUUAAAUUAAUCAGAAAGCUUGGAUCUGACUCUGCCA